AUGCCCAAUCAACAAAAAAAGGCGAAACAGGAACAAGAGGGAAGCCUCUCAGGCAACGGAAGCAUGGCGGAAUCAUCCAACACCACUGCUGCUUUUGAAGUCAUUGUUUUGGGGCCAAAUGGUGGUCCACGCGAGGAUAGGGUGACUGGCCUAUUGGUACGAUCGACUUCAACUGGCUGGCAGCCAAACUCUGCCAUCGCUGUGGAUGGUGGUACCCUUCUCGCCGGGAUCAUUCGCUUGCUGAAGAGAAAUAUCGAAGGAGCUAAGGAUAGCGUGCUGCAGGAUGGUCCUUUUGCAGGUCUACACCUCCCAUUCCAGUCGGCAGAAGCCAACGGAGCGCAUGUAUUCAGAGAGAUCAUCGAUGCAGAAAUGGUCCCCAAGUCCGUGGCGGCUCUUCCAUCAGUGAUAGCAGCCCUCAAAAACCACAUGUUCAAUGAUGUUAUCUGGCCGAACCUGUCCGACGAGGAUGGCGGAGCAGGUUUGCUUACUUACAAUCGCUUGGUCGAGGGCGGCAACAAUAGAUUUGGCACUGGACAAGUCCGGGGCUAUGUACGAGCCUGCACUGGUAUAACGACUAAGUGUCUGACUGUCAGCCAUGGGAAGUGCAAGCAGCGGUAUCACCCGGAAACCGCGACGCAUCAUAGGAUUAAUAGCACUAUAUUUGCACCUCAUCUUUCUGAGCAUUUUAUGCUACCGUCUCGGGCGAUGUCCAUGGAUCCCGCUGAAGGAAGCUUUUACUCCCCCGCUCGCUCCCCCCGACUUGCUGCAUCCAAGGAGCCUCCCAUGGCCACUUUUGAAAGCUCUGCAUUCUUUCUGCGAGACAACAUGAGCGGGAAAGAGAUCAUUAUAUUUGGAGAUGUUGAGCCAGAUUCAGUAGCUCUUGAGCCACACAACCGGCGCGUCUGGCAGACCGCCGCGCCCAAAGUCGAGGAGGGCACCCUCCGCGCUAUCUUUAUCGAGUGUUCAUAUAACGACAGUGUCGACGAUGCCUAUUUAUACGGCCAUCUAUGCCCAAGACAUCUCAUCGCAGAGCUGAGUGUCCUCGCUAAGUUCGUGAUGGAGCUACGCGACAAAAAGAACAACCCUCCUGCGCAAAAUACCGGCGAUCCAGCCGAUCCAGCAAAGUCAAAACGCAAAUGGGAAAGUACGUCUAACGAGAAUCCUCUGUCUAUAAGCCCAAGAUCAAUGAAGCGAACACGCAGCAUGGGCGGUAGAACAGACCCAGCAAAAUCAAACAGAGCAUCCGAAACACCCGAAUUGCCAUCCUUGUACGAGGAAGAGGAUUUUGACUUCAGUGCCCCGAACGCAAGUCGGUGGGCUGGCGCCAAUCCGCUCCCACUGCAAGAUCUAUCUGUUUACAUCAUUCACAUCAAAGAGACACUCGCUGAUGGACCUCCUCCUGGGGAAGAAAUCUUGAACCAGUUGCGAAGGCAGGCGACCGAGUCGUCGCUGGGCUGUCAGUUUUUCCUUCCAGAUCCGGAGGAAGGCAUCUUUAUUUCAUGA